AUGACACUCGAGCAUCCCGUGUCAGUGGAAGCGCAGUACUUUGUCAUCUCUGAGAAGUCAGUUACCCAUUCUCUGCUGGGGCCUUAUCCGAUCCCAGACUCGUACCCCGGGCCGCAUACCCUGCGUGGCGAGAGCUGGUUUCUCCGCAACGGACUUGAUACAGUCUUGGAGCUGAUUCAGCACAACACAAAUAUGCUUGCCAUCGGCGGCCAAAACUCGUUACCUGUGGAGAUUGCGAAGAGAGCAGCGGAGGCAUACUCCAUCAACCCGGACCCUGACCAACACUCUAAGCAGGAGGGUAAAUCAGAAGAGACCCUUUGUUCCAAGAAACGUCACGGAUCUGCCGAAGAUCUUCCUUAUGGUGAUAGAAGAUUUGAUUCUGCCGUGGCCCCGUGGGCGCUGGACCAGACCGAAGAUCUAUAUAAGUCUCUGCGAGAGAUCACAAGGGUAGUGAAUCUCUUAGCACCGAACGCUCGCAUCGUGCUCACACAGGGUACGCCUGAUAAUGAAAUCGUCAAUCUGGUAAACGAAGUCUGUGCUCCAUUGAGCGCUCGCAGCCCGAGCAUCAACCACCAGGGCUACUUACUCGCGCAGUGGGUUACCGGUUACCGGCUGAGCCACCAGGAAUGGGACACCCUCUUCCACCAGUCCGUGAACGAGCGCGCUUCACGCAUCGGAACAGGUGGCGCGUACCACCCCGAGUUUCGCAAAGCGGGGGAGAGGGGGGGCUGACUUGUCCCCCUGGCAUGGAAUGCGCGACGAGGUCAUCUCGGUGAACGGGAGCGCGGACUACCGGCACGACUACUGAUUACUGAUACUUCCGGCUGUUCCUGGUCUGGGAGCCGGGCAUAACACUGUCGAUGGCGUGACGACGAGGAAUAUCCUGGAUGGUUUGGUUGGGUGGGUGGAGGAUUGAGAGGGAUGCCUGGGUGUAUCCAAAGGGCCAGGUGCACUCCGUACGUCGUGCACAGCUCCUUUCACUGGGUUGAC